UUCUGAUAGCACUUCAGACAAGUAUUUAUAAGUUAACGCACACACAAUGAAUGCCGACAAUUGCCGCCCAACGUGCCUGGAGAUAUACGAGGCCAUACGUAAGAGCAAGGAGUACCGUUAUAUCAUAUAUCGCCUCGUUUCGGACUCGGAGGUCGACGUGGAGACCAUCGGCCCGCGCGACAACGACUAUAACCAGUUCCUGGAGGACCUGACACGGAACGGGUCCGUCGAGUGCCGCUACGGUGUCUUCGAUCUGGAAUAUAGCCACAUUUGUGAGGUGACCAAGCAGGAAAUCAAACGGGAGAAGCUAGUGCUGCUCUGCUGGUGCCCGGACGAGGCCAAGCCGAAGGGCAAAAUACAAUAUCUGAGCUACUUGCGCAAGUUCAUGGAUCAGCUGAAGGGCGUUCAGUACUAUAAGACGGUGCGCGAUAAGUUCGAGCUGUCGCGCGAUUCCGUGGAGGGCUACUUCUGUAGAAAGAGUACUAGGCAGUAAAGGAGAGAAAUAUAGAGAGGGGCAGGCUGUGAUACAUCAUCGUACAUUUACGUUAACCUACACCGUUCUACACAUUGGUUCAUUGAAAUUUCAAGUUGCAUUCAAUUAAAUUUAUUCCAUGCUACGAGCU